GCAGAUCCUGACGGUACAGAUUGAAUUAGUCCUCCGCAAUUUGAGAGAUAGCAGCACAGAAGUAGACAACGUAGUGUUUUGUAAGCGCAUCGUAUUGCUUCUGUGCGUUAUAAUCACAAGGUCAAUAAGAUCUGGAAAUGUUAUGUCAGAGUAGGUUCUUCUGGAGAUACCAAAGGCAGUAUCUGGCCCUCUGAAAGUCCUCAGCCACUGAAUGAGAAAGAGGGGCCAGAGAGCAGCCACUCCCAGCCUGCGGAGAUCUCAGACUCCCCCAGCAGUUUGGGGGAAGAGGGGAUGUUGAAGACAAUGGCUUACAGCUGGGGAGCCCAGUUGCUCAAGCUGUGUGGAUAGCUGCCUGUGUUGAACACAAAGGAAGAGACAGGAAUCCUACAUCUUUCACUCGGCUUUAAGAAAUCACCCGAGCAGAUUAAUACGGACUUGUGUCUGGUGCCCCUUUUUUUGUACAAAGCCUGCCUUGAAAGAGAACGCAUUGGUAUUUAAUGAGCUGUGAGAUGAGGCCUUGCUGCUAACAGUCAGUGGAGAAAGGAUUCAUCGUCCAUUCAUCGGGCUUGAUGUACAUGUUUCUAAGCAGUACUCUGAGGAGAGCCUACAACGGAAUCCAAAACGGCUGCUGGGGAAAGACCAUUAAACAUGCCUACAGAAACACUACAGACAGAUAGCAUGGUCAAGCCUGUCGGCCAAGCAACUACAUUUACUUCUGCUGUACCUCUCCGCAUUCUCAACAAAGGGCCGGAUUAUUUCCGCAGGCAGGCAGAACCCAACCCUAAAAGACUGAGCGCGGUUGAGAGGCUGGAAGCGGACAAGGCAAAAUAUGUGAAAAGUCAAGAAGUGAUAAAUGCAAAGCAGGAGCCUGUGAAGCCAGCAGUGUUAGCCAAGCCCCCUGUAUGCCCUGUCACAAAAAGGGCAGGAAGCAGCCCAGCCCUGAAAGCUUCCAACAAUAACUCCAAGUCGGACAGCAGUGUGAAAAGAGAGAAUCUGAACCUGGAAAUCCUGAAAAAUAUCAUCAACAGUUCAGAGGGAUCUUCCUCCGGGACGGCGCAUAAACAUAGUGCCAGAAGCUGGGCUCCUCAUAGGUCGGAAUCGACAGAGCUUAACCGACGGUCGUUUGCGGAGUCGCUGAAAGUGUUCCCCACUCAAGGUCACUCAAGCCCCCAGGGAAGUAACCUAAAUAUCAGUAAACGCCUGUUUGAAGAGCAGUCUAGUGAUUCAUCACUGCAUGUGUCCCAUAGUUCUUCGGAUAUUAGAAGAAUAUGUAAUGGCAAGCCAUUCAAAGCGACACCCAGCAGUAGUUCUGCACCACCCUUGCCGCCUAAGCCCAACAUCACCGCCUCCAGUACGCUUAAAUCGCCGGAAAAUGAUGCUGGAGAGCCAGACAGUGGUGUAAGCAGGAGACCCUCUCUCCACAGAUCGAAGUCUGAUCUAAGUGACAGAUAUGCUCGCGCUAGUGCAGAUGUUGAACGUUUUUUUAAUUACUGUGGACUGGAUCCUGAAGAACUUGAAAAUUUCGGUGUGGAGAACUUCACCCGGGCAAACUCGGAUAUCAUUUCUCUCAACUUUCGCAGCGCAAGCAUGAUCAGUUCAGACUGUGAGCAAUCAAGACAUAGCAAUGACGACCUAACAGACGAUGAGGACGCCAAUGAACGAGUACCUUAUGGCAUCUCUGCAGUUGAAAGAAAUGCCAGAGUCAUCAAAUGGCUCUAUAGCAUCAAGCAAGCCCGCGAAUCGCAGAAAGUGUCUCACGUUUGAGAAAGGACCCAGAGGUUUUUUUUCUUUGCUUUUUGAUUUUGAAAAAUAUAGUCUGUGAAUCUUAUAUUGGUGGUUAAGUCUGACUUUCACAGCCUCUCAAUUGCUUUGCGUUAAAUGUGCAAUGUCUUGAGAUUCUGCAUGCUUGUCGACAUGCAAUGUAACUUGGCCUCCAGCUAAAGAAACAAACUUAAGUAAAUCAGUAUAUUGAAGAUGGGUGCCAUUCAAGGCCCCAUGUCUUAAGAGUACAGUAUUUUGCUUAUAUCAGUCGAACAUAUAGGCGUCAUUUCUUUUAGGUGCAUUUUUUUCAUGCUAUGCCAUUUCAUGAAACAUUUGACAUUGACAUUUAAUCUUGCAGCCAUAUCAGUAUGACUUCAAAGAUGCAAAGAAUUACAAUCAUUAGGAAAGCUUUGUAAUGUGUGUGGAUGCAGUCAUACUGUUUGUAUAUAGAUUCAUGGGCUGUGGAAGCAUGUUACAGUCCACAGUAGGUGUAUUCUCAAUGACAUGUAGCUUUUCCAUUGAGCUGUCCAGUUUUGCACUGGUAAUGUGGUGCAAACAGUACAUCAUCUGCAUUCUGUGGUUCAUUUUCAUCUAUAUCAACAUAUAUACUGUUUAUAUUGACAGCUAAUAGUGUGGUACAAUGGAAUGAAAGUUUUGUGAGUAUGACCUCAUAAGUUGUAGUAUUUAUAUGUCAUGUGCAUUACAGUAUGGCAGUCUACACUUCAUUGUCAAAUAGAAACGUUUAUUUUUAUUGUGUAAAUUCUGUAAGGAUAUGUACAUACCUUCUAAGUCAUUACCAAAUCUGUAAAGAGGAGUCUGUUAUGCUAAUAAAUAGCUCUGGGUUCAUUUAUUCUUCUCAUGGUUCUUGCAUUGCAAGAGUGUUCAUAAAGCCUAUAAAAAGCAUAUGUCUCAUUUCAAAGACGUUUGUGUUGACUGUUCGCAGAAAAUUUGCUUAACAUUUUUUUGUCGUCCGUUAAUUUUGCAACACUGUAAAAUAAUACAAAAACAUUCAUUUGUUUCUAUCUUUUCAUACCCCUAAAUUGAUCUGAAAAGAGAUGUUACCGCUCCACAAUUUUAGUAAAACUUCAGUGAGCAAAAUUACUACUCGGUUUUGUCUGUGAAAUGUUGUUGGGUCAAAGUAUAAGCUUGGGAUAUGUUACAUUUAUAUGAGGAAAAUAAUGUGAAUACCUAGAAGGUGGCUUAAAUGGGAAAUGCAUUGCAGACCCAAAAGUACAUGUAUUGUAUAUGGUGAGCAUAAAUGUCAAAGAACAUUAAACUUUGCUGUGAGAGGGUUGCUAUGGGAAAUUCUGGAGUUUGCGGAGGUCACAUAUAGGUUAUGUUUCAAGUUCUAUGUAACUUAUGUUCUUCAUGUAAUUCUCUGCAGGCUGCUGAGGUUUAAUAUAGCGGUUGCUUCAAAAUGAUUUUGAAGAUCAGCUCCUAAUCAUGGCAUUAGUUCCACCCACCAGGAAUUAGAAAAAGAAGUGCUGUUGUUGUUAGAAAUGUUGUGUGUACUAUCUAUUUCUACUUUGCUUUGUUACAGUUAGAAAUUGCACACUUGAAUUUGAAUAAAUCACCUCUGAACUCUUUAA